CCCUCUCAGCGCCGUUUCCAGCCGGCGGCGUUUGACCGGCGCACGGCGGCGGGAGAUCGGGGAAGGCGGCGGGAGAGGCUCUGGGCACCGCAAUGUCAGUUAAGAGAGCACUGAAGUUGGACACUGUUAGAAAAGAUCAAACAUGUGCUGCAACACCUUUGAAGGCCAAAAAGAAAAAUCUGAGCUCUUACUCACCAACAACUGGAACAUGCCAAAUCAGUCCAUUUUCAUCUCCCACCAGCCAUAAUGCACAAAACCUCAGAACUCACCCUUCAGAUGUGAACCCCCUGGGAGACAGCACUAAGGAGACCAAUCCAGAAAGCAUUUUAUCCAGGAGAGGGCAGCCUCCAACAGAGGAGGAUGUGUUCAUGGAAUUGCAGUCCAAAGUGAAAAGUUCCUUGGCUAGAUUUCUGGAAAUAAGAGCAAAUCUGAAAAGCCUACAGGCUUUAGAGGGCAGUGGUGAGCUUGGAAAUAUUAUUGCUGCCUCCGACUUGCCUUGCGACUUGCGUGCUGAGGUGCAGAAAAACCAGGACCUAAUGAGCCAAGCAGAGGAACUGCAGCUGUUCAAAAGAAACGAUGGAAAACUUCCUGCCCGGGAGUGCAUCCAGCCUGCCAACAGUGCCAUGUUCCUGAGGUCUCUCCUUGACUGAGGCAUUAUGUGAAAAAUGCAUUCCACAUCAACCCAGAGUUCUACAUCUGCUUGACUGGACUUAAAAGGAGAGAAGAAAUGCCUGUAAACCAAUCUCCCCAGCAAAUACCAGGUCGGGAUGGCUCACUGCACUGGCAGGUGCACAUCUAGAUAAAAUUUCUGGCAUCUAUUUAAAUUUAACAAUGUGCCCAAGCAGAUAAUCUCAAUGUAAAUAAUACAUCAUGGGUGCCUUACGCCACAAAACGCUGAUUGAGGUUUGCUUGGCAAGUGAGCUGCAGCUUCUGUAGGUUCUCUGCAAAUCAAACAAAGCUAGAACCCUCCUCCAGCCAAGAACUGGGGGAGAAGAAUCCAUGUUAAAAGAUGAACUUUGGCUCCCAGGCCCCGUGGGAAGUGGCUGCUUCCCACCAGGGUGGAGGGGAUGUGUGGCUCAUGGAGUCCUCACAUUCCCCAGCCAGCAAAACUGCUUUAAAUGAGUGCAUCUCCUUUUGCAACAACCUGCCCCAAAAUGUGCAGAUUCUUUCUAAUGGUGAUUGGGCUCCAAAGCUCUGCUGUGAAAUGAAUUAUGCUGAGUGCUGAACGUCUUUGCUUACAAACACCACUUUCCCUGCACAAUUAGGGACAUUUUUGUCACCUAGGAAGGUGUAGUCUCUACAGCCAAAAUAAGACACCCUGUUACCACAGAUGGUUCUAAUAUUAUUUGCUUUUUAGAGCAACAUUUUAGUUUAGUUCUGGUAGUAAAUGAUACACAGGGAGAGUUAUUACCAGUUCCUCCUUCUUUUCAUUAUCCUUGAAACCACCUUUUCACCUGCAUCUGAGACCCUUGAGUGAGAUGCAGCCUCUCAUGUUGGAAGGCUGCAGAAGAAUGAUUUAGGGUGGUGUUUUUUAAUUAAAUAUCAACAUAAAUGCAGACAACUGAACAUCUUUGUGUGCUCCCCCUGCAAAGGGCUGCUACUUGAACAGAUAAACCAAUUUGUACUACUAAUAUCCUGAGAGACAGCCUGAUAAUGUGUUCCAUUGUGUGGUUAAACAUGUUUGCACUGAAGCUUUGGGAGUUUUUAAUUGACAAAAAAAUGUUCUUGCACUCCAGACUGUGCAGUCUGACUGGGAAACAAAAAGUCAGUGAUUGCUUGAAGGGAAUUGUGUCAGCUCCUCUGUUUACCUUCUGCACCCUUCUGAUCUGAGCUGUCUCUGCUGUUGCUUUUGUUGUACAAACAAGAUUCACCAGCUGAUUGUUUUGUAUGCUAAUGGCAGGUCAGCCUGAACCAGCAGUCCUUCACCUGACCUGAUUGUAACCUGGAAAUUAAAUAAUUAUUAGUCUGAAAAGUGUAUGCAAAUGAACCUGAUGCUAUUCUAAAUAAAGUGUUCUGUGUAAUCUUGGAAGAACAAAAUAAAACUUUUACAGAAAAA